GUGUGUGUGUGUGUGAGUGUGUGUGUGUGAGUGUGUAGGUCAAAGUGUUUCAAAUCUGUGAUAAAACAUCUUUUUAACAUCUUCAUCCUUCUGUCUGGUGAGGAGGUGUUCUCUGUGGGUAUAUCUGCCAUCUCUACACUCAUCGUUUGUCGUCUUAAUUUACAGUCUCUCACAGGAUGUUGUCAGUCGUGUUAGUAAAGUCUCUCUCUCUCUCUCUCUCUCUCUCAGGAUCAGGUCUGAUGAUCAGAUUAGCGUCUCGGCGAGCGUCAGAGCGUUCAGACCCGAGCAGAGGAAGAACCGGCAGCAUGAGCUUCAGCGUGGAGGAGCGAGGCAGAGAAAACACGGCCGACUACAGACUCUACUUCAAAAACGCAGAGGGGAAGUACAUCUCUCCCUUUCACGACAUUCCCAUCUACGCCGACGAGGCCGAGAACAUCUUCCACGCCGUCGUCGAGGUUCCUAGAUGGACAAACGCAAAGAUGGAGAUCGCGACCAAAGAUGCUCUGAAUCCGCUGAAGCAGGACGUGAAGAAAGGGAACCUGCGCUACGUCAGCAACGUCUUUCCUCACAAGGGCUACAUCUGGAACUACGGAGCCAUCCCUCAGACGUGGGAGGAUCCGGGUCACCGGGACACAGACACGGGCUGCUGCGGGGACAACGACCCCAUCGACAUCUGUGACAUCGGGAAUAAGGUCUGCUCUCGAGGAGAAGUGAUCCGCGUGAAGGUGCUGGGGACGCUGGCUCUGAUCGACGAGGGAGAGACCGACUGGAAAGUGAUGGUGAUAAACGCCGAGGACCCCGAGGCCCAGGACUUCAACGACCUCGAGGACAUCCGCCGGCUGAAGCCCGGGUACCUGGAGGCCACCCUCGACUGGUUCCGGAUGUACAAAGUCCCAGACGGCAAGCCGGAAAACCAGUUCGCCUUCGCUGGAGAGUUUAAGAACAGGGACUUCGCCAUUAAAACCGUUAAGGACACUCAUAGUUUCUGGAAAGCUCUGAUCUCCCAGAAGACAGGCGCUGGAGAGCUCAGCUGCAUGAACAGCUGCGUCUCUGACAGUCCCUUCUGCCGCUCAGCCGGAGACGCCCGGGCCGUCGUGGAUUCGGCUCCUCCGUACGGUGAUGCAGAGCCCACGCCCAGCUCAGCCGAUAAAUGGUUUUAUUACAAGCAGACGUAGAGCACGACCAUCAGCGCUGACGGGAGGAUACAUGGCCGGAAAAGAUUUUAUUAAACGAAUCCAUCAAACAACGGCAGACUGGCGGCGGUCGUAAUUCUGUCAUGUAUUGUAUUAGUUGCUGAUAAACGCUGUGCAGUCGGGUUCAUAAAGGCCUAAAUAAAGUUAGGAGGCUUGGUAGUCGGUGCAAAACACUGUAUGAAUGUAUGCAGCCCAACCGAAAUAAAAAAAUAUGACUUUCUGUGGUCCUAAAGAGCUCUUUUACUGAAAUACAGCAUAUAUUUAGAUAAUGCAUCAUUGCGAUCUAUCUCAGCAUCUGUAUGUUUAAAGGAACAUCUAAUUGUAGCACA